AUGAAGGGUGCCCUCAUCACAGCAUUUGCCAUGCUAAUGUGGGACCUAUGGAAGAGCUCAGAUGAGGCUGACCGGGCACUGGUCACCUCACCAGUGACAAUACAAUUCCAGCGAUUUGCGGCCCGCUUUACAGGCUAUCAGCAGCAGGACGCGCAGGAGUUCCUCAGAUACCUGUUGGAAGGCUUGCAAAAGGACGUGAACCGUGUCGACAACCUGCCUAAGCCCAAACCCACCCACAUCGACGACAGCCUCAACGCUAGCCAGAAACCGCUGGAGGCUUGGAAGCGCUUCCUGUUCCUGAAGAACUUGAAGUUCGUUGACCUGUUUGUCGGGCAGUUCAAGUUCACGCUGCGGUGCACGGUGUACGGCCAAGCGUCCGUGACAUUUGACCCGUUCUGGGACCUGAGCCUGCCGAUCCCAUCCAUGACGGGCCAGGUGCGCUUGGAGGACUGCUUUGACCUUUUUACCAGGGAAGAGGUGCUUGACGGAGAAGAAAAGCCGACAUGCUCCAUGUGCCAGAAGCGUCAAAGGUGA